GGAGAAGAUGCUCUUGCUGAACCUGGAGCUACUGAUGUGGCCUGUCUAGCUAGCCAGCAUGCCCCAAAGAUCCUGUGUUUGUGACUCCUCAGUGUUGGUAUUACAGGUACCAGAUCGGAUAUUUGUACAUGUCGAUCAUAAGGUUUGAACAAGCCAAUGAGUAUCCUCAUCAUUGAGGCAUUUUAUGGAGGCUCCCAUCAACAGCUGGUAGAGUUGCUCCAAGAAGAAUUAGAUGACUGCGUGCUGUACACUCUUCCUGCAAAGAAAUGGCAUUGGAGAGCACGCACAGCAGCUUUGUACUUUUCACAGAAUGUUCCCAGCAGUGAGCACUACAGGAUCCUCUUUGCAAGCUCAGUACUCAACCUGACUGAACUGGCUGCGCUUCGGCCUGAUCUGGGAAGACUGAAAAAGAUCCUGUACUUCCACGAAAACCAGUUGGUAUAUCCUGUCAAGAAAUAUCAGGAGAGAGAUUUUCAAUAUGGAUACAACCAAAUUCUCUCAUGUUUGGUGGCUGAUGUUGUGGUAUUCAAUUCCAAUUUUAAUAUGGAAUCAUUUCUUACUUCUAUUGGAAAAUUCCUGAAGCUGAUUCCUGAUCAUAGGCCUAAGGAUCUGGAAACCAUUAUCAGACCCAAGUGUCAAGUUAUUUAUUUCCCCAUCAGAUUUCCUGAUGUGAGCAGAUUCAUGCCCAAGCACAAAAUAGCCCACUUAAGGAGGAUGCUCAGCCUUAUUGGAAAUGAUGCCGCAGCUCUGUCUGUGGCGCUUCCUCCUCAACCAGAGCAGAGGGUUUCUAAGAAGUUACUGGAGAAUUUUGAAUCAAAGUCUGCUGAGCAAGAAACCCUGGACAACCUGUCUCUCCAUAAAUCAGUCUCUCUUCCUUUGAGUAAAGAAAACCUGCGUCUUGAUUCCAGCACCUUUUUGUGCGGAGCUGAAGACCAGCAAAGACCGCUGCAUAUUGUGUGGCCUCACAGGUGGGAGCAUGACAAAGAUCCAGAGACGUUUUUAAAGGUAUUAAUGCAUCUAAAAGAUUUAAGGCUCAAUUUCCACGUCUCCGUCCUCGGAGAAACUUUUACAGAUAUACCAGAUAUAUUUUCAGAAGCCAAAAAGGCACUGGGCUCUUCAGUCUUGCACUGGGGCUACUUACCCUGUAAAGAAGACUAUUUCCGAGUACUGUGCAUGGCUGAUGUUGUCAUCUCAACAGCCAAGCAUGAAUUCUUUGGAGUAGCAAUGUUGGAAGCUGUGUACUGUGGCUGUUACCCACUCUGUCCCAAAGACUUGGUUUAUCCUGAAAUCUUUCCAGCUGAGUAUCUGUAUUCCACACCUGAACAGCUUUCAAAAAGGCUCAAGAGUUUCUGCAAGAGACCAGAUAUUAUAAGAAAACAUCUUUAUAAGGGUGAAGUGGCUCCAUUUUCUUGGGCAGCCCUACAUGGUAAAUUCAGGUCUCUGCUCACAACAGAACCCAGGGAAGAUUUGUGACAGAUGGGGCUAAGUCGCAAACUUGCAGCCUAAGGCAGAAUCUGAAGAACUUUCCAGAGUGUGCCCAUAUUUACCUGAUCAGAGAGAAAAGAAAAUCUGCAGAGGAAGCCGAGCCUGGCUGCUUGUCAUAGCUGACACAGAGCCAUCUGCCACAAACCUGUGGCGGCUUCAGAUCUCCAAUCCCUGCCACCACCCCAACUCAAAUUAAAUACAGAUUCCUAGAGACGUUAUGAUGGUUACACAUGUCCUCGGCAUCACAUGUAGGAGACUGUUCAAAAAAAAAAAAAUAUGUGGCCUGUUGUAUAACCGCACUCAUGUAUCCCAUAUGUGGUGCCACAUUGAAUUUCCGGUUGAAUCCGUUUUUAUCCUUUGUACUGGAUGACAUGGUGCCUGAAUUCUUUCUUUCUGCCGACACGAUGGCAGCCAAACUGCAGCUUCAAACACUCACACUUGGCUGAGUUUCUACCUGGGUUGCCAGGUUAUCAUCGGAGCCUUCUUGUGUCCUCAAAGGGCCACGGGGCCUAGAAAGAGGAUCAGAAUGCGACUGAACUAAUUGGGCAGCCAUCUCAAAGCUGCUGUAGGCAAAGGGCUGCUUUAGCACUUUUAUUUUAGCAAAUUAAUGACUCUCUGGCAAAGGAGUUUUUAAGUGAAGGUAUUAAUAAGGGGUCUGGCAGGUAUUCCCAUGAUUCACAGAGUUUCAUUUGCAUUUAAUUAAUCUUAAAGAAACUUGCAAGAUAAACAGCUGUAAUUCGGACAAACAUGGCAGAUUCGGUGAGUGAAGUCCUCUCAUCCAUAAAAUGAACACGAGAUACUUGUUUUAAAAUUUUUUCCCUGUGGGUAAAAAAAUAGAAAAAUCAAAAUGCUUAUAGCAAAACAUAAUUUGCUACAAAAUUCUUCAAAAAACUUGCAUCCAACUAUAAAUAUAUUCUUUUUGAGAUAAGUCACUUAUGAUUCUUGUAGUCAAGCUGCUCUGUUUGUUGGUGUAAAGAUGUUUUAAAUGGCUGGAUUGUAAAAAUAAAUUUUUAAUAAACUGCCCGCUGCAGUUUUAAUUAGCAUA